AUGUCUCAGAAUAAUCAAGCUGAUCAACUCAUUCUCAACGCUUUAAAGAGAAAGUCGCCUUUUCGUGGUCGACCUCCGAAAGUGUAUGCUCCUAGUGCACAAUCACCAUCAACAUCCGGUCCUUCUCACCCUAUUGAGCCUUCUUCUAUCAACAGGACAGCUUCGGAGAUCCAGUCAGUUUCGGUUUCGGUGCCCUUAAAUCAUUCACAGCAGUUUCCCAAAUCGUCUCCUGGUCACAAGAUACCCCUGUCCACGGCUGAUUCCAUUGCAUCAGGAGAUACUCCUGCAUCGUCCAACGGUAUUGGUAUUGUGACACCAGAUUCGGUACCCUGGACAGAGCUGGUCAUGGCCUCCCCCUCCGCUUCAUUGUCUUCGGCCGUGCAAGCUUCAGCACCCAACUUAUCCGCUGCCGUUCCGAAAUGGUCUCCCUCUCAACCUCCGAAUCCCAUUUCGGUAGAAGAUGAGAUCAUCACUGCUAGGCAAGAGGCGGCCGGGCGCUUCCGAAUUGUCAAUAUCUCUUCCGAAUCAUACUCCGUACCACGUCCUGAGGCUCCACUCUUGGCACUCAAAGCUCCUCGCACCGACGCUAGUCUUGGGGUCAACAUACGUGCUUUGGAAACCUUCUGUCGUUUACCGAAUCCUGACCUGGUGGAUGAUGAUCGCUAUGAACAAUUCGAGGUGGCUUUUCAUCAUAUCCCGAAAGCGUUUGACUCUUUGCGUCAGGACUACCUCAUUGAGACCCAGCAUAUAUCCAAAUGUGUUCAAGUGGAAUGGUUGGAUCCCCCUGGUUUAUUACCCGCCGACAUCAGGGGAAGACAUGGCCUCUUCUUUGUCUCCGACAAUCCAGCCAACUUUGAACAGUGUCCACCACCAUGUUGA